AUGGAAAGUGUCUACCGACUGCUUGUGGGAGACCAAAUCCGAUUCGUGAAAAUUCAACCUGGUGCCUGGACGGAUCCUGUCCGAUGCGAUCUAGUAUAUCUACCGCUACCUAACGCUGAGACCGACGUAGUUGAAGCAUGGUUCUCUGGUAGACCGCUACCAAAACUCCUACAUCAGGAGUUGCAUGACCCGCGACCCUCAAGCAUGUCAUCAUUGACAGGCUAUGCUAGCGAAGCACCGGCUGCAAUAGCGCCGACAGCUGGAAUACCGCCUUUCGUUGCAUUAUCGUAUGCAUGGGGUCAUCCAGGUCAAACAGAGGAGCUACUGCUCGAUGGGCACCCAGUACAAAAGACUGUCAAUCUCGUCGCUGGCUUGCGACAGCUGAGGGGUAUGCUUGGAGAUCCUUCUCGCGCACCAUCUAUCUUUGGCAGCCCUGAUGUUCUGUUUUGGAUCGACGCGCUAUGUAUCAAUCAAGAAGACAACGCAGAGAAGUCAACACAAGUGCCUCGAAUAGGAGCGAUCUACGGAGCCGCAGAUGUUGUUGUAGCAUGGUUGGGGGAGAAUGGAGAAGACGAUGGCACAAUACAUGAGUUCAUGACCUUAGCCAACAACAUGGAGUUCGAAAAUCAGUCAGAGUUCUUCGAGAGUGCCUAUCCUAGGUUCGACACACUGGAUAGCGCCAAACUCUCCGAUGUCUUAUACGCCUACAAAAGCCUUAUGGGCCGGUCAUGGUUCGAAAGAAUAUGUGUAAUACAAGAGAUGGCGCUAUCAAGAUGCACAGUCAUCUUAGCAGGCUCUUAUUCGUGUCAGUAUAAACCCUUCACGGCUGCGCUCAGGGGCUCAGUUUCGCAGUUCAAAGCCACAGUUCCUCAUGACUAUAUCUAUGGCAUUCUUUCCAUGGGUGGUAAUAUGGUUAACUGUCGGAAGCUCUCACCCGACUAUACACUACGAUUCGAGGACGUCUACCACGAAUGCACCACGCUGAUACUAGAGCAUACAGGUGAUCUCAAUAUCAUCCCCCGGUAUCGAAACAGACUUGAUGGAAUGCCCAGUUGGGUUCCAGACUAUCGGUGCAAUAUUGUGUCUCCCGCCCUCACUGAGUGGCUUCCAGGCGAGGCGUCAGGCACAUCUGACGUCAGUGUCUCCGAUGACGGCCGGGUUUUAUCUACACGAGGGGCUCGCCUAGGACAUGUGAAGCUCGCGCUGAACCACAGUUGCUUUAUUGGAUAUUCUGUAAAGGGUGCAGUCAUCAUCAAUCGUUUUGACGAAUUUCUGGAAAGAUCUUGCAAAGAAGAACGGCUAGACAAGCACGACGUCUUAACAGGAGUCCUCGAGGUCUUCUGCCAAGACCUAAGUCUUCGCAGGUUUCAAGCAAACCAGGUCCGAGGAGUGUAUGAUGAUAUCGUGUCUGAUUCGCCAUCGACGGGCGGUCAAGGCGACUCGUCUUGUCGAGACAUCACGAUCGGAUUGUUGUCCAAGAUUGCAAAUGGCUCAUUCUUCGUGACUUCGCAAGGCCUGAUAUUAGGUCUAGCAAGGCAUGAUGAAGAGGCGAGGGAAGGAGACGUAGUUGUAAUGAUGAAAGGGGCCGAGCGGCCAUGGCUCCUUCGUCAUGUCGUCGGAGACGAUCAAGAGGACUUCACGUUCGUUGGGGCGUGCGAGCCGCUGUACACCCAUAUCGGCGGACUGAAGGACUGGCGUUCCAUGAACGAAGCUCUGUUCAAGCAGACGCGAGUACAAUUCUUUGCACGCAACGAGAUACGAGAAUUCCGCUUGGUGUAG